GCCCCCACGUGGCCCGGCGCCAUGGCCGCACCGCAGCGUUCCGACAGCGCGGCUCUUCUGCCCUCCGCCAACGGCGCAGGUGGGCACCGGCGGGAGAACCGGGCCUCGUGGGAGAGAACCGGGGCGGUACCGGGGGCCGCCGGGCGGGGGAAGGCGGCGGCGGGGGCUGCGCCCGUCCCCGUCCCGGCUGUGCCCGUCCCGGCUGUGCCGUGGGUUCGCUGGAUGACGGCGUCGGGGGAAGAUGUUCGACGGGGCGGCGGUGAAUAACGGAGCGCUGCCCCCCUUCCCACCCCGCCGCCGGCUGUGGGGGAGAACGCUGCUGAGUGCCCGCUGGUGGGAAGGGGGCCGAGCCGCACGUCGCACUGCCCGCCAGGUCCCCGAGGAGCUGCUGAACAAUGUGGAGCUGCGGGAGGCAGUGGGGGCUCUGCCCUCCAACUACAACUUCGAGAUCCCCAAAACUAUCUGGCGGAUCCGACAGGCGGGAGCCAAAAAGGUGGCCCUGCAGAUGCCGGAGGGGCUGCUCAUGUUUGCCUGCACCAUCGCAGAUAUCAUUGAGCGGUUCACGGACGCCGAGGCGGUGGUGAUGGGCGAUGUGACCUACGGCGCGUGCUGCGUGGACGACUACACAGCGCGGGCUCUGGGUGCUGACUUCUUGGUGCACUAUGGACACAGCUGCCUGAUCCCCAUCGAUGCCACGCGUGGGCUGAAGAUGCUCUACGUCUUCGUGGACAUCAAGAUUGACACAUCCCAUUUCCUCGACACCAUCCGCUUCAACUUCGCCGUGGGCUCUUCCCUGGCCCUGGUCAGCACCAUCCAGUUCGUGGCAGCAGUGCAGGCGGCCUCACAGGAGCUGCAGUCACAGUACAAGGUGUGCGUGCCCCAGUGCAAGCCGCUGUCCCCUGGUGAGAUACUGGGCUGCACAUCGCCCCGGCUCGCACGGGACACCGAUGCCAUUGUCUAUUUGGGGGAUGGCCGUUUCCACCUGGAGUCCAUCAUGAUCGCCAACCCGGGGAUACCCGCCUACAGGUAUGAUCCCUACAGCAAGGUCUUCUCGCAGGAGCAUUAUGCCCAUGACCGCAUGCGUGAAGCCCGGCAGGCUGCCAUCCGCUCCGCCGCCCGCGCCCGGUGCUGGGGGCUGCUGCUGGGCACCCUGGGGCGACAGGGAUCCCCCGCCAUCCUACAGCACCUGGAGUCGCGGCUGCGUGCCCUGGGCCGGCCCUUUGUGCGGGUGCUGCUGUCUGAGAUCUUCCCCAGCAAGCUGCAGCUCUUUGACAGCGUGGAUGCGUGGGUGCAGAUCGCCUGUCCCCGGCUCUCCAUCGACUGGGGGGAGGCCUUCAGCAAACCACUGCUGACACCCUAUGAGGCAGCGGUGGCUCUUGGGGACAUCGAGUGGCAACAGCCGUACCCCAUGGACUUCUAUGCCAGUCAAUCCCUGGGGCCGUGGACGGCCAACCACACAGCGCGGCCCGCCCAGGAGAAGCCACCCGCAACCCCCAGCCUGAAGAAUGGCACUGAGGGGUCCCGCAGUGCCCACCCGCCUGAGGACACGGCCACCUCCUGAACAGGGUCCUCGUGGCCCCGCUGCCACUCGUGGGGACUUGGCAUGGGUAUGGCCGCCCCAGGGCGACCAUCAUCGGGGCCACGUGAAUUAGGGGCAUCCCUGGUACCAGCACCAGGAAGGAAAGGGGUGGAACUGAGGACCUUCGGUAUGGCCCCGUUGCCCACUGGAAGCCGGCCCCGCAGCCCCUCCCGGCCCGCAUCCCCCCUCACUGCACGUUGCCGGUUCCACGGACGCCCCGUCGGGGCCGCCCCCGCCACAUCCCCGCCCCGCGACCUCCCGCCGCAAGGGGGCGCGCCGGUGCGUGGUCCUCUCCGAGCCUUUCCUCGCGUGCAGCGAUAGCCAAUCAGCAUGUAGCUUUCCGGCGGGAAGGGGAGGGCGGCCGGAAGUGCCGCUCACUUCCGGUUGUGGCGGGCACCAUGUCGGAGGGGCGGCCGCUGCGGCUGCUGGCCCUGCACGGCUACCGGCAGAGCGAGCGCCGCUUCCGCCAGCGCACCGGCGCGCUGCGCAAGGCCCUGCGAGGCCGUGCUGAGCUCGUUGCCCUCGAUGCUCCACACCUCGUGCCCGGCACCGAGGAUGAAGCAAGUGACGACCCCCCACGUGGGUGGUGGUUCUCCAGGCCCGGCACCUUUGAGGCCUCGGAGGCAGCGGAUCAGCCGGCGGGGCUGGAGGAGUCGCUGGAGGCCGUGGCGAGAGCGCUGGAGGAGCGCGGGCCUUUCGACGGGCUGCUGGGCUUCAGCCAGGGUGCGGCGCUGGCCGCUAUGGUGUGCGCCCUGCGGGCCCGCGGAGAUCCCCGCUUCCCCAUCACCUUCGCCAUCCUGGUGGCCGCUUUUGCCAGCCGCGCCCCGGCCCACGACCACUUCUACCGGGAGCCCAUCGCCCUGCCCUCGCUGCACGUCGUGGGUGAUGCCGAUGCCGUCAUCGCUGCGCGCCUCAGCGCCGAGCUGGCGCAGUGCUUCGUGGAGCCGGUCGUCAUCACGCACCCUGGUGGGCACUUCGUCCCCGUGGCUGCGCCACAGAAGGAGGCCUACCUGGACUUCUUGGGACGCUUCCGCCCUGGGCAGGGCCGGGCUGAGCAGCCAGGGGCCGGAGCAGUGUGAUAGCAGUGUCUGUAAUAAGUGGUGGGAGGCUUGGUGGAGCAUCUUGGUGCAGAGCCUGCUGUUUCUGCACUCUUUGGAGAGGUUGUUGCGAUCUCUGUGCUCUUUUGUAAUAUUAACACAGUGAACUCUUCAGUAUCUCUCUUCUUUGCAACUUUGUUGUGCAUAUGACAGUGGGUUGCAGUCAGGAGAGUGACGCAGCUGUGCCUGAUGGACUUUCAGAGGCUUAACGCAGCCCUUCGAAAGUGUGAUCUCAGCCAGAGGAAGUAGGUGCAGAGCACACAGUGCUUGCAGCUCUUGUAUCCAAAAGGUUUGUGUUUUCAGUAUCCCCUACCAAAUAAAUGAAGCCAACCUUUCAGCUGGCCUGGGCCUAGAGAAGACAUUUCCUGGCAGUGCCAGGGUUGGUGUUUGCCUCGUGCAUUAAAUUUCUUUGCUGGUUCA